AUGCGUACGGAGGGUGUAGUGCACACACCGGAUCGCUGACUGGCCGACGGAAUGCCAAUUUUCUUGCCACGACAUUUAGCAAUAUUUAUGUUGUUUAGUUUGUUCCAAUUCAUUUAAUCACAAGUAAUCAAGACUUCUCUUGGUUUUUAUUUUGUCCUCGUUUUCGCGUAACGGACUCGUGACCGUUGGGGUAAAAGGCGACAUUGAUUCGUUGACGGAACGAUGUGGAGACGGAGUGUACGUUCUUCCUAGAGACUAUAACAGCUCUCUUUCUUUGGACUACAGACAGAGCUGGUGUUUCAACUGGAUAUUCAACUGUCAAUAGAAGAGGAUAUAAUGUCGUUUGGUUCUUUUUUGAGUUAUUGAAGACAUUGGAUAUCUCUAAAUGAAAACUGAAGGACACCCGCCCCAGGUCUCUGAUCCGCCCCGAUCCAGAUGAGCGAACUGCCUGUUGGAUUUGCAGUCUGUGCACGGAACCAGAACCUUAAAAGUCCUUACACUCACAACAUAAGUUCACCCACCUGUUUACGAUACCAAAGCGACUCGAUCGCCUUACUGCCGUACAGUGAUCCCGCGCGUCAGGAAAAGAGGCUGCCUAUACGGAUUCUCAAAAUGUUGACCGCUCACACAAGUCACAUACUUCACCCUGAGUAUCUCCAGCCGCUCAGCUCCGCGCCAGUGAGCAUUGAGCUGGAUGCUAAGAAGAGUCCCUUGGCAUUGCUGGCCCAGACCUGCUCACAGAUUGGUAAACCGGACCCCCCUCCCUCAUCUAAGAUGGGGUCCCUCUCCUCCAGCAGCCAUGGAGACAAGGACGGACGUUCAACAAGCUCCAGCCUGAAGCCUGGGGAGCAUCAGAACCUAGAUGACAAGUCCAGCUUUAAGCCUUACUCUAAAACUGGAUCAGAAUGCAGAAAGGAUGGUGCUGGGAUCAACAGCUCAGCUGACAAAGCAGGGUUCAGAUUGACAAAUAGUGGUUCUGCAGCGGUGACAUGCCCCUCCUUGCCCCCACAUGCCCCCUCUCCGCGGGCCAGCUCUCCUUCUCAGCAGACAUCAGGACAGUCACACACACAUCGUCAGUCUCCCCUCUCGCAGAAAACUGCACAUCUACAAAAUGCCCUUAUGGACUCCAAACCUGCAGGCUCAGACCCAGGGAAUGACAGCAGCAGCAGUAGUGGUGGCGAUCGCAAUGGGAAAAAAGAUUCAGACCAUAGUAAAUCAGGCCUGGACAUUGCACAGAUAGCAAAUUCCAGUCAUGUGCGUGCUAGUGCGAACUCCAGUAGUGCCAGUUCCUCCAGCAGUCCUCAACCUGACAAUAAGGCUGACCCCCAGCCCCCUCAGCCUAGUCUAGGUGCGGGCCAUAUUGCUCCUGUGUCUCCUUUCAAACCAGGUCACUCUGUUUUCCCCCUCCCAUCAUCCACCAUGGGCUACCAUGGCUCCAUUGUUGGGGCCUAUGCAGGCUAUCCUUCUCAGUAUGUGCCUGGGUUAGAUCCGUCUAAAUCUAGUUUAGUUGGUGCUGGAAUGGGUGUUCCAGGAAAGCACCCAAGCUCAAGCCCUCUUACAGGGGCAUCGCCUCCCUCGUUCAUGCAGGGUUUGUGCAGGGACCCAUACUGCCUUACCUACCCCAAUGCACCCCAUCUUGGAGGCAGCAAUUGCUCAUCUUGUGUCCAUGAUCCUUCAUCUGCCCUUAAGUCUGGCUUCCCUCUUAUGUAUCCUACCCAUCACCUCCACUCCCUACACCCCAGUUCUCUGUCUUCUAGCGCCACCUCAUCUCUUUCCCAUCCUCUUUAUACCUAUGGUUUCAUGCUGCCCAGUGAAACUCUCCCUCAUGCCUGUAACUGGGUCUCAGUGGGUGGCCCUUGCGACAAACGCUUUGCCACCUCAGAGGAACUUUUGUCCCAUUUGCGUACACACACAGCUUUUCCAGGUGUGGAUGGAAAGCUGCUCUCUGGCUAUCCAACUUCUGUCUCCUCUGCCGCCUCCUGCCACCUCCACCUGCCUCCUCCCAGCAGCCCAGGGGCCCUUCCCAGUUCUCUCUCCCUGCGUGGGUCACCAGGUCUAGGUUUGGCCCGGUACCAUCCCUAUGGAAAGGCUCAUUUGCCAGGAGCCCCAUCCCUUACUAUGCACUCUCUCCCAGCCACAGCGCCCUACUACUCUCCUUAUGCUCUAUAUGGUCAGAGACUGGGCUCAGCUUCUGCUCUUGGGUACCAAUGAUGGAAAGACUAUGGACAGUGUAAAGAUCGUGGCAUGAGCUUGAUGGGAGCUGGAAAGCACAGGAGCAUGCAGGAUUCUCCUAAAGUGAACAAAGCAAAAACACAGGAUAGCUAUAUUCGCUAUGAGGAAUAAAAUCGUAUCUGCUUUGGAUGACUAUUGUUUAAUAAAUGGUCACUCAAUUUUUUUUAGGAUAUUAGGGACCUUUAAGACCUUUUAGGUGGAGAGCUAAUGAGAAAAAUGCAGAUUCAAUAGAAUGCGUGAUUUUAUUUUAUUUCAUUAUUUUUUUCGAUUUACCAAAAGUGUGUAUUUAUUUUUCACUUGAGCGCUUGUUUUUUUUUUUUUUAAGGGACAUUUACUGCCCAAAUGCAUUAUCAUUUUCACAAUGGAGCAGUAUUUCCACAGUAUGAAUAUGGUUGCUUCAAUCAUAAACUUUGUAUACAGUGUUUGCAAACUUGGACUAUAACAUUGUCUCUCAGACAUAAAAUCUUUCUUUUAUUGUCACUUUCUUUUGCGCAUUCGAUUCUGUGCAACUCUGUCUCUUUAUUGGAGAACGAAUGAGCAUGACCUGUUCAACAGCUACUUUGUUCCAUAUGAUUUACCGUUUAUUUUGUACUUGUACAGUUCAAAGAAUAGAAUGGAAAGAUGUGAUAUAUUUUCUAUUGUAGCUGACUCUGAAAGUUGGGGAUGGACGUGGAGCGGGGAAGAGAAUUAAAAUAAGAGUACUAUGUUGUGAUGGCAGCGCUAUCCAUUUAACAAAUUCUUAUUUUGUGUAAUAAAUGAUACUUGAUUACAUUUAUAGAUGUGU